AUGACGAAACGCUCUCGUAACGCGUUCACCGCCAAGGAGAAACUGCACUGGCUGGCCAUGUUGGAGUCACAGCCUGACCUCAGCAUCCGUGGCUUGGCAAAGCUCGCCAAGGUGCAGCCCAAGCAAAUCCGCGAGUGGAGGCGACUCAAGGAGCGUCUCGAGGUCGCCGCUGGUUGUCGCCGACGUCUUAACGGUGGAGGGCGUAGGGCGAAGUGGCCCCUGAUGGAGAAAGCAGUUUACCGCCAAUUCUUGGCGCACCGUGCCAAAGGAUUGGCGGUGUCGGAUGUGCUGGACGAGGGGGAGGACGGGGUGAACCCCAACCCGUUCUACGAAGACCCCUCGCACGCCCCUGAGCCCGCCGCCACCAAGGACGACGAGGCAGAGGACGAGGAGGAAGGGCUUGCAGGGGAGGAGGCUGUGGUGGGUGCUGCUGCCGAGGAAGGGGAUGUGAUGGCUCCGGAUGAGGAGGGGGAUGAGGCAGAUGCAGAGAUGGGAGGUGCGGACGAGUGGAGUGAGGAUGGAGACGACUGGUGGGCAGCAGGCCUCUAUGAGGGAGAGGAAGUGGAGGAGUGGGUUGCAGGCGAGGAUGAGUGA